UUUACAGGAGGCUGCACGGAGAGCUUAAUAGUGUAUUUUUAGAUAUCAAAGUUGCCGCACUAUUACCGCAUUGUGAGGGCUUUUAGUUCUUUUCCUGUCUGAUCUUUAUAGCGCGCUGGCCCCAGAAACAGCAUCACUAGUAAACAAGCACGCUCCAAUUGCAAACCAUAGGCUUUGUCUAGGUCGAACUGAGAAUGUGAAGAUGGAUAUAUUGAAAUGCCCUUAAACUUUGGUAAGCUUCGUAUGAUCAUCUUUGAAAGAGAAGUUCUCUAUUUUUAUUUUACCAAUUUACACCAAAUCAUUUUGACAAAAACAAACAAUUGCUGUCAAACAAACUCUGUCAAACAAGAGAUCAUUACACAAGACAUUGCCCUAUGUUUGAGGAAGCCGUAUGUUUGCUUUCAAGAAUAAACAAAGCGGAAGAAAUAUUAAAAUCCUGGUUAUGAGUGUUUUGCCGCAUAGAUCGCAUCUACUAUGCCUGAGGAAGAGAAACAACUGGACGUGACUCUAAGAAGCGUCCCCGUUGACUUCAAGAACACUGUGUUCCUGGCUGCAGCGGUUAUUCUUUUCAUUGUUGGCUUUCUGGCCGUCCUCACCAAUGGCUGCCUGUUGUUAACGAUCGCUAAGGACCCUCUUCGUUGCUUUCGCAACAAGACUGCAGUUCUCGUUGGCUGCCUGAGUGUAACAGACUUCAUAACAGGCGCCGUGACGAGCGUGUACGUUGGGGUGUUCCAUGUACGGCUGAUCCUCGGGUCUCCGCCUUUUAUGGUUAAAGGAGUAAUACUCACAAAACUGGUCUCACAGUUCACCGUGUGGAGCAGCAUGUAUAUAAUUACAGUGUUCUCUUGCGAAAGAUUAAUCGCCAUUGCUCUGCCUUUCUUUUACCGUAGCAACGUCAGUACCGUUAAAAUGUUCUCUGUGUGUGCAUUAAUUUGGGUUGGGUGCUUCUUUGGAAACUUUCUUGAGGUUUCAGGUCUCAGAGAAGCAACUUACAACACGAUCGAGCUUUACGUGUUCUUCGUCGCACCUCUUGUCGUUGUUUUCUUCGCAUAUUGUGGAAUUUAUUACAAACUCGUAAGGCAGAGGAAAAUAACGCAAUCACUCACAAACUCAACAGAGGAACAGCGUAUCCAACAACGCCACAACCGGCGUGAAAGACAACUCACAAUAACGUCUUUCUGCAUCUUGGUUGGGUUCGUCUUAUCCUAUUGCCCUUGGUACGCGUUCUACUGGGUGGGCACCACGUGUCCAAGUUGCCUAGCAACCAGGUGGUACCUUGCAUGCUACCAUCUUUCCAUCCCAUUCCUUUAUAUGAAUUCCGUAUUCAAUCCGUUGCUCUAUAUGUGGCGAAUACCCGUCUAUUGCCGAAGCAUCAAAGCUGUGUUCCGGGGGGUUCCGGUUGAUGCGUUGGCCGGUUCUACUAACAGUGCUCAUAGUGGUAAUAAUAUUACUUCGCAAAUCAGGGCGAACCCUAAAGUACGACCGAGACAAUAAGACAGUGGUACCUCUCUUAAGCGAUCACUUAUCAAGGGGACAACCUUUAUUUAUGGAACAAUACACAAUACCAAAAAUAUUUGAUUUAUAGCGGAGCCAGCACUGCCGUAGAAUUGGGUUGUUAAUGUUGGAAAUGGUGUAUAACUAUGCGACUUAGUUUUUUUAUCAUCGCGCGGGUACUCUGUGAUGUCGCCCUCUCGCCAGCCCUGUCGCCAACACAAUUUGCAAUUACUUUGCAAAAACACUCACCAG